AUGGCACCUCACCUGACCAAAAACUCCACCGAGAUCCUUACAGGGAUCGACGACGGCACUCGGUCGUCGGCUUUUGCCCUCAAGGGCCGAAAUCUCACCAUUUAUCACCGCCACCCUUUCCUCCUUGACAUCCCCUCUAACAUCGUCAUCACCCCGUCGUCCCUUGUCUUCAAGCGCAAGGGUGCCGUCGACACGAGCGGAUGCUUCGUGGGCUUCAAGUCCAGCAUCUCCAGGAGCCGGCACGUGAUGCCCCUUGGGAGGCUCCGCGGCAUUCGCUUCAUGAGCAUCUUCCGGUUCAAGGUGUGGUGGACCACCAACUGGGUGGGGAGCAAGGGCAGCGACAUGGAGCAAGAGACCCAGAUGAUGAUCCUCGACCGCUCCGAGUCCGGGCGGCCCUACGUCCUCCUCCUUCCCCUCAUCGAGGGGGCCUUCCGGGCCUCCCUCCAGCCCGGGGAGGAGGACUACAUGGACAUCUGCGUGGAGAGUGGCUCCACACGAGUGAGGAGCUCCUUCUUCAGGACCUCCCUGUACAUGCAUGUGGGUGACGACCCUUACAUCCUCGUCAGGGAUGCGAUGCGGGUCGUUCAGUCCCAUUUAGGGACCUUCAACCUCCUCGAGGACAAGACUCCUCCAGGCAUCGUCGACAAGUUCGGAUGGUGCACCUGGGAUGCCUUCUACCUCAAGGUGCACCCGGAGGGCGUCUGGGAGGGCGUGAAGUUCCUCUCCGACGGGGGAUGCCCUCCCGGGUUCGUUCUCAUCGACGACGGGUGGCAGUCCAUCUGCCACGACGACGAUGAUCCGCGCACGGAUCAGCAAGGCAUGAACCGGACCUCGGCAGGGGAGCAGAUGCCCUGCAGGCUGAUCGACUUCCGGGAGAACUACAAGUUCAGCGACUACAGAAGCAAGGAAGACCCUGCUCAUACGGGCAUGGGGGCCUUCGUAAGGGAUCUGAAGGCGGCCUUCGAGAGCAUAGAUCAUGUGUACGUGUGGCAUGCCUUGAGCGGCUAUUGGGGCGGGCUGAGGCCCCGGAUGCCUGGCCUGCCGGAUGCCAAGGUCAUAACGCCCAACCUCUCGCCGGGCCUCCGGAUGACAAUGGAGGACCUGGCGGUCGACAAGAUCGUCAACAACGGCGUUGGUCUGGUCCCACCGGAGCGGGCCCACGAGCUAUACGAGGGCAUGCACUCCCACCUCCAGUCAAGCGGCAUUGACGGGGUCAAGGUGGACGUCAUACAUAUACUCGAGAUGCUAUGCCAGGACUAUGGUGGGAGAGUUGAGCUGGCCAGGGCUUACUACAAAGGACUCACAGCCUCCAUCAACAAGCACUUCAAAGGGAACGGGGUCAUUGCCAGCAUGGAGCACUGCAACGACUUCAUGUUUCUCGGAACCGAGUCCAUCUGUCUCGGUCGAGUUGGAGAUGACUUCUGGUGCACCGAUCCAUCAGGGGACCCCAACGGCACCUUCUGGCUGCAAGGUUGCCACAUGGUGCACUGUGCCUACAACAGCUUGUGGAUGGGGAACUUCAUUCACCCGGAUUGGGACAUGUUCCAGUCCAACCACCCAUGUGCAGCCUUCCAUGCGGCAUCCCGGGCAAUCUCCGGUGGCCCCAUUUACGUGAGCGACUCUGUCGGUCGACACAACUUUGAGCUCUUGAAGAACCUGGCAUUGCCAGACGGCACAAUUCUUCGCUGCGAGCACUACGCUCUCCCUACCAGAGAUUGCCUCUUUGAGGAUCCACUCCAUGAUGGGAAGACCAUGCUCAAGAUCUGGAACCUGAACAAGUUCACUGGAGUUCUCGGAGCCUUCAAUUGCCAAGGAGGAGGUUGGUGUCCUCAAGCCCGAAGGAACAAGUGCGCUUCUGAAUUCUCACACACCAUUACGGCAUCAGCAAGCCCAGCCGACGUCGAGUGGAAGAAUGGGAAGAAUCCAAUCUCGCUUGAAGGAGUGGAGCUAUUUGCAGUGUACAUGCUCCAAGCAAAGAAGCUCAAGCUGCUGAAACCGGAAGACAAGGUAGAUGUCUCUCUGGAUCCAUUUGACUACGAGCUCCUUACGGUGUCGCCGGUGAAGGUCUUGUCUUCGAAGAAAUCAAUACAAUUCGCACCGAUCGGGCUUGUGAACAUGCUGAAUUCUGGUGGUGCAAUUCAAUCAUUCGAGGUUGAAGAGUUGAAGGCUAAGAUUGAAGUCAAGGGGGCGGGUGAAAUGAAGGCCUUCUCAUCGGUGAGUCCGGCCGCUUGCCGGAUCAAUGGAGAAGAAGCAGAGUUCGUGUACGAGAAUCAGGUGGUCACACUUCAAGUUCCCUGGUCCGGAUCUUCUUCACAGUUGUGUGUCGUUGAUUAUAUGUACUGAGAUUAGAUUUAGCUGGCCGAAGCCCUGGCCGGCCGGUCAUGUAUAUUAUCCUCAUUGAUCUUCUUUAAAGUUGCGUGAGAUUAGAUUUAGCUGGCCAAAGUCCUGGCCGGUCAUGUAUUGGUAAAUAUAUGUUAUCCUCAUUAGUAAUAUAUUGUCUAUAGAAUAUAAGUUUUGCGUC